CGCUAAGCCACCCCUCUCUUUCCAAGACUCAAGCAAAAUGAAUGCCCCAAAAAGAGUCUAUAGGAAGAUGUCUGAAAACCGCGCUCAUCACAAGACAGAUGCUUCGAUGUUUGGAUUGGACCCCUGCCGACCGUAGGGUAGGCCAACCGCCAAGCUCCGCUGCACUCGAAAGCGAGACUUUGCCUGACUAGCAGGCGUUUAUCCUCAGAUAAACGGAUAAUUCUUCUUUAUUGCACUUUUAAACCGUCUUUUCCAAACGGAAGCACAACACACGCACACACGUGAGUUUUACUGCCCCGCCUGCGACCACGGUUUGAGUGAUGUUGCUGUAGUGAUCGCACACCUCGGUGGGCUGUGUUUUGUACGAGAAAGAGAGAGAGGGCACUACGGAAAUGGCCUUGGUGGAUGCAGCACUUUUGCGAGCCAGUACUGCCGGUCCAGAGCACUCCCGUAUCAAUUGCUGCCCACGGGUCGCGGCGACAACAGCCACCGCCCGCCGCAACAUGUCCGUGUCGCCGCUGCUCCUGCUCGCCGUCUGCAGCGUCUCUGCCGUGGUCCUCAAGAACGGGGCGCCGUGCCUAGAGGGCAGGGUCGCGGUCUCGAGCGCGGAGAUCCAGAAGGACGACUGGGCCUGCUUCGUGUUCUGCAGCGACGGUCACAGGAGCGCGGCCGCGGGGCACCGGAACCGCGGCCUCUGCCGCCGGUGCUGCCUCGACCCGGGUCAGGCCGUGGACGGCGGGGCCGGGGCCGGCGCCGCCCCGGACGCGACGACCGCCCCGGACGGCGUGGACGGCGGCAGCAGCGAGGGCAGUGAGGGCAGCUCGGCGGCCGCGGACGGGGAGGCGUCCACGGGGAGCGAGGCCAGCGCCGGCACCGAGGAGGCGGCCACGGCGGCCAGCGAGUGAAGGGGCGGGGCAGCGCACCCCAGCGCACACGGGCAUCUCGGUAUCAAUUAUCAAUACCGAGAUCCGUCCUUAUCCCCAAGCGUACCUCAUCAACAAGGGACGGGUUGCAAACAGCGAGAGCCAGCCUGGCACGCCGCAAACUACGUAAAAUGUACCUAGGAAUGGGCAAAUAAGUUGAGACACUUGGGUAUGGGAGGCAGAUCCACCAGAGCCCACGGCGGCACCGCGACACACUCCUCUGUGACGACGCGCGCUUGCGUGCAACCCCGCGCAGGAUGACCCUCGGGGGUAGCGCGACGCGCCC